GGUCGCGGCUGCAGCCAGCAGUCACCCGUCAGCACGCAGCUCGCUUGCGUUGCCUCGCGAUCUCGCCCGCGGUUUGUCACGUGCUCGAUAUCGAAUAGCACCGGUGUCGAACACAGAAGUACUUACACAUAUCAUUGAGGAUAAUGGGGAAGCAUGCUGUGUUCCUCUGCGCGUGGCUAGCUGCCGCCAGCGCCACACUCGAAGUGGUCAACCAAUGGAACCUGCUUCAGUUCGACUUCCCCCCCGACCCGGUGCUGCUGGAGAAGUUUCAGCCAGAAAAUACUGUUCCCACUGGUCUAGAGAUUGGCUGGGAUAAGAUUUAUCUGGGAAUCCCGCGUCUGAGGGCAGGAGUUCCGGCCACGAUGGCCUGGGUGCCUCGUAGCUUGCCACCGGGCGUCAGUCCUGUUCUUCAGGCAUACCCCGACUGGUCCUGGCACACCGCCGGCCGCGGAGACAUCAACUGCACCGGCCUUGUGUCGGUGUACCGCAUACGAGCCGACCGCUGCAACCGACUAUGGGUGCUGGACGCCGGCGUCAUCACCAGCAUCGACGACUUCCGCCGGGUCUGCCCGCCGAAAAUCCUCAUCUUCGAUAUGGCAACAGACAGAUUGGUGAGAAGCGUCUACUUCCCUCGGGAGCUUCUCCGUCCGGCCUCGUUGCUUACCAACAUUGUGCUGGACGAUACCAGAUCCCCCACUAAUCGUCACGCUACCUGCGACAACAUCUUCGCCUACAUCAGUGACACUGUGGCUCCAGGCAUCAUCGUGUACGAUGGUCUUCGCGACAACGCGUGGCGUGUGACCCAUGCCUCCAUGUACCCAGACCCUGACCUUGGGGAAUAUGACAUCGGAGGUGAGAGGUUUACUCUCAUGGAUGGCAUCGUGGGUUUGGCACAUUCUCCAACGCAAGGACUUCUUUACUACCAACCGUUAGCUACCGACAGACUUUUCAGUGUAUCAACGGCCGUGCUAGCGUCAGGUCCACCAGCAGAGGGCGCUGACUUACCCGUAAACCUGGUGGGCCGCAAGUCGUCUCAGGGCCUGGGCAUAGCUGUGGAUCCCCGUGACGACACCAUCAUCUUCAGCCCAAUCACUGAGACAGCCAUUGCCGCAUGGAACCCACUAGCCAAUACACACAAGUUGUUAGCCAUGGACGCCGAGAAGCUGCAGUUUUGCGCGGAGGUCCGGUGGGCCGAGCGCGACAACGGCGCCGUGUGGGCGCUCUCCACGCGGUUCCACAAGUUCUUCCGCAGAUCCGUGUCCAAACAUGAAAUUAACGUGCGGGUACUACGCAUACCAGAGAGUGGGUUCGCAGCGCUUCAGCCCCACGUGCUACGGCGCGCCGCACGAAGGACCAACUCCACUCUCCAUUGAGCCACGCCAUACAACACGCUAGAACAAGUUAAGAAAAUUUCUUAUUCCUUUCAAAAUGAUACCUGUAUAUGGUAACUUGACUUCAGGGUAUGCCCGUUUUUGUACUCCGAUCAAAUAGGUAUUAUUUAAAAAAUAAUUAAAGAAGUUGGUUACCCUACUAAUUUGUUUUUGAUUAAAUGAUUUCUGUACAUUCUUCCUUACUUAAUACAUUUCAUUUCCUUAUUAAUUGUCAUGUUAGGUGCCAUGUUAUAACAUGAAUGUUAUCGCUCUUUGUAUUGACGCACUGAACAUUUUUUAACCAGAAUCUAGCAUACAACUGAUAAAUUGAUUGUUUGGUUGACCCAAGAUCUUAGUGGAAGUUACUGUAAAAGCGUAAGAAUUUUUUUAAUGUUAGUAGUAAAUCUUGGUAAAAAGAUACCUCCUAUCAAUAUCACUUUAGUUUUAUUUCUUUCAUUUAUAUAUAUUUUAUAGAACUGCUUAUUUAAUUUUCUUGGCGAUUUGAUACAAAGCACGAAAUAUUUCUACUUUGUUAUAUUUGUUUCAUCGGGUUAAUCAUACCCAAUUUAAUUAAAGCAAGAGAAUGAUAUCGGAAGUAAGUUCUGCUGCGGUUGACUACUACCAAUCACAGAACAAGCAUGAUCGCGCAGACCCAUGCAGUGAUUAGUGUUCUGUGAUCUGUAAUGACGAAUCAUACGCAGCGGAAGCUCAGUCCCGCGGUGAUAAAUAUUUGUCCGUACAAAAAGCGCGAGUGACCCGUGAAAUCACAGUCCAUGAGAAACAAAAAUUGUUUUAUUUUGAAUAGACGAAUGAAACUAUGCCCACAGAUGCUUUCAAAUUUUUUGUCAAAGGAAAAUAACUACAAACAGGUAUUUUCUUAAGGUCGAUUUAAGAACGAGAUAUUUAAUUCCAAUUUUUUAAGCUAUAUUUAUGUAAAAGAAUGUGGGCCAAAGAUUGUCAAACAUAAGAUUCUAAGUACGUGCUUAUGAAGGGAAAUCACACAAUUGAUUGUGACUAAAAUAACUGUUGUGUACCUUAGAGCGCGAGUUUUGCCUCGUGUGUAGGUCAGGCCAAAUCGGUUGUGUGGGAAACGCAGCUCUUUUUUAGUUAGGUAUUUUUCAUAAUAUUUAAUUAAACUGUAAGCUUAACCUAAACAUAUAAAUUUCAAUGUUUGCAAAUAACUUUCUUGUUUAUCCGAAUAUUCCGGACCAAUUAUGAAAACGGUCUAAUUUUACUUAAAAAGUAUAUAGUAUCGGUUGUAAAUACGUUUAGAGGUACUUACUUUAUAAUCUGUAAAUAUUCUACCUAAUUAAUUUAAUAUUUUGGAAAAAAACAAUUUUAUAUACUUACUGUAGUUACAGCUUUAUAUUUUUUAUUUCUCAACCCUACACAGUCAAUCGACCAUCCAACAAGAAAAGGGAUAAAAUGUAUUUAACUCACUAUCCUUACAUCAUUCCGCUUUAAACAGUACUUGUAGAUGAUGAAAGUGAUCGUUACGAAAACCUAAGUUACAAAAUUCAAAAUAUUAUUUGCUGUAUCGUUUUAAGUACUUUUUACCAUGUUAGAGGAAAUUAUAUUAUGCCUUGUAUGUAUAACCUUAACAAUGUUUACCUGUUAUAAGAACACAUUUAAAUGAUUGUUUAAAUGUGUCCUUAUAACAAUUAAGUAGGUACUUGAUGAAAUGUAAUGAAUAUUACAAAAAUGAUAUCAUAUAAGAAAUUAAAAUAUUGUGAAGUAUGGCUGCUUUUGUAA